CUGCUUUGUGCUGCACCGUCUGUAAUUUUAACUGCCGCCUGAGACAGCCAGUCAGUCGACUCUUCACUGCCUGUGGAGGAAGCGCAACUGGAAACUUUACAUUUUUUUCGUCCACUAUGUCCAUCAGUAGGAAGAACUGGUCGGCUUUGUCCCGACUAGCGCGCCAGUGGACAAGGGAGGACGAGGAGGAGGUGGAGAGGGAGAAGAGGAGGAGGGUGAAAAGUUCAAGCAGCUCCGCCGAGCCCGAUGCUGAUUUCAGCCCAGCACCCACAGAUGACACGCCCACCAGUGGCAGCACCUCAGGGACAGACUCCUCAAGUGAGAUGUCCCAGGGGCUGAGCAGUGUGGAGCAGAUACAGCUGGACUUUGUCGAGAUGCUGCGUGUCCGUGAUGAAAAGCGGAGGAUGAGGCACGUGGAGACGCUGAGACGACAGAAGGAGGCAGAAGAGGAUGUAGCAGAGGCCUGUGGAGAAGGCGGAGGAGCCAGGGUGGAGCUACUGGGGGACUUGGAUGAGGAUCAGGGUGGUGCGUUGCCCUCUGUGAAAGCCACAUCCAAACCACAACCACCCCUCAAGGUAGCCAGUCCCACCAACAGCAGCAGGAGCAGCAGCAGCACUAGCAUCACAAACAGACAACACGAAAAUGGAGAAUCGUCGGGCAAAUACCCUGAUCCCAAGCCAUCGUCCAACCCGGCUCGCAAGUUUGUCAGUUCUGUCUCCAUCUCACUCGACAAAAGCCCCUCCACCAGCAGGUGCACGACUCCCAUGAGCCCUCGCUCCCCGACGGCCCCCUUGUCCCCUCGAGAACACUGGCCGUCGCCUUGCCAGAGUCCCUCUCCAAGGGGAGCUCAAAGCCCUGUUCAGAAUGGACACACAGAGGAGACUAGUGUGAAUGGCUCUCCCUCCAACAACGGCAACUUUGAACAGACGACCAAACCUGCGUUCAUCAGACAGAGCUCCAGGACUGUGUCUUUCAGGAUGAUGAGGAAGAAAGAGGAGGAGAGUUCAACGCUGCAAAGGAGUGCGAGUGUGAGGAUGGCCUCCAAGAAGUCUGAAUCCAAUACAGACCAAAACGAAGAUGAAGACAAGGCAUCGUCUUUCCAGAGAAACUCUAAGCAGAGGAUUUCAUCAAGGUCCAUCCAGGAGAAGAUGGAGAGACUGGCUCAGGCUGCACAGAAGUCUGAGGUGAUACGAUCUCCAGACGUGACCCAGAGGACCCUGUUCUUGCUGGAUGAGGUGUCCAGGAAGCGAGGCCUCUUUGAAAAGGAGCAGCAGGCGGCCUGCCCCACCAGCCCGGGAGUUUCCAGACAGGAAUUUAGGAGCUUCGCAUCAGGAAUGUCAGAUCGGAUCAACCGCUGGCUCAACAAGACCAACCAAACUGGGUCUUCAAACACUCCUAGUGACUUGAGACAUGUGGACAUCACCAGCAAGAGGAGCCUGUUCGAAAGCACUGGGGGAGACAAUGUCCCACAAAACAGCCCUGGAAAAAUCUACAAGUGAAGGAUGAACCUUUAUAAUGUCCAACAGAAGACGGUGAGAGGAGCAGACAACUGGAAGAUUAAUGGAUGCCAUAACUGACUGAUUCUUUCUUCAAGCUUUUCAUGUUUUGUUUUGUUUUUUUAAUCUACUGCCAAAGCACACGGGAGGAACAGAUACGCAAAAAAGAGAAAAAAGUUAGCUGAGUUUUAGCUUGAGAGGACGGAAGAGAAGGUCACUGCUUUUAAAGUUUGGAGGCUUCAAUCACUUUAGCAUUGCUUCUUGAAGUAUAAAUAUGUCUUAUUUCAAACACUGAAACACUGAUGUGUGAGGAAAAGGGUAAAAAGCAAUGUAGACAUGAGAGGUGAAGAAAAGUAAAAGAAAAGAGAGAGGGCGGUGAUGUAUUUGCUUUAAAACAUCAGCUGUUUGCCUUAACUUUGUGUAAUUUUGAACAGCACUUUAAACAGGUGAGGGUCUUAAGGCUAAUGAUAGCUAUUUUUAUUGAAUUAUUAAUUCUGGAGUUGUAAUUGUACGUUUUUGUCUAAUCCGCCACAAUAUAUUUUUUGUUUUGUGUCAGUGUAGGCAGGAUGCUGCUGUCUAAGGAAUAAAAUGUUUUAUUGCCA